AUGACGACAGAAGUUGGCACCGAAGUUCAGAUUCCUUGUAGUUCCCAAGGGGACCCUCUGCCAGUGAUAACAUGGAAUAAGGAUGGAAUACAGAUUACUGAGAGUGGAAAGUUUCACAUCAAUCGUCAAGGAUUGACUAUUCGAGAUGCUGGCCCAGCAGACCAAGGUCGAUAUGAAUGUGUGGCCAGAAAUAACAUUGGAUAUUCUUCAGUGAGCAUGGUGCUGACUGUAACAGUGCCGGAGGUCAGCCGUACUGGAGACCCCUUUGUUACUGCAUCAAUUAAUGAAGCUAUUGCAACCGUUGAUAGGGCCAUAAACUCAACAAGAUCACAUUUGUUUGAUGGUCGCCCACGUUCUCCGAAUGAUCUUCUGGCCCUAUUCAGAUAUCCCCGGGAUCCUUACACAGUGGAACAAGCCAGAGCAGGGGAGAUAUUUGAAAGGACUCUUCAGCUCAUACAAGAACACGUACAGAAUGGCUUGAUGGUUGAUUUAAAUGGGACAAGCUACCAUUACAAUGAUCUGGUUUCUCCUCAUUAUCUUAACCUGAUUGCCAAUCUCUCAGGUUGUAGAGCCCAUCGAAGGAUAAAUAAUUGCUCCAACAUGUGUUUUCACCAAAAAUACAGAACACAUGAUGGCACCUGCAAUAACCUUCAGCACCCAAUGUGGGGAGCAUCAUUGACAGCCUUUGAGCGUUUACUGAAAUCCGUAUAUGAGAAUGGCUUCAAUUUGCCAAGA